AUGCCAGAGAAUGAUGGAUUAAUGAGGAUAUUCUGGCCGACGGACAUCCAGCGCUCCGACCUGCCUGGCGUUGUCGUGGGAUGGAGGAACUCGAGCCUAGACGUCUUCGUCGUAGCCAUCCUUGACGAUGUUGAUGUCAGCACGCUCCAACACCUUGACCGACGAAAUGGACACCAAUUGACGAAGCAACAGGCCGGUCAUGUCGAAUUCGCCCUAAAGGCGGGAACCCUCUUUCGAAACUCCCCGCACCCUGUCAACAGCAUCUACGAGCGAUGCGGCCACGGAGCUAUGCAUGUCUUGGGCCUCACCAACCCGAGUGAUGCGGUGGUCCUGGACCCAUCCUUAUUUGUUGCGACGACCCCAGCCAACGCGAAGGCACCUCGAAUCACUUGCGCCAGAGCUCUAAGCAUACAGAUCAUCCUCUACGACCGACCGCGCCCCAGCCGCAUGCAAUACAUCUCGUUGAACCCCAUCUCCCUUGCGCUGGGCAACAAGGAGGCACCGAGCCUACCCCCGACAGAACACAUGGCGGAGGAGGAGAAACACGAGUUGAAGAAGAAGGAGCAAAAGAGGAAGUUGGUGGAAAAGCUUAAGCAACACACCAUUGUCAAGCGGUCCCCGUCACCGAAGGAGAGAGCUCUGCCGAAAAUCGUGAACCAGAUCAACUGGUCCUGGGAGCUCGAACAGCUGUUGCAGAAGAACAUUUCUCGAAUCGGCACCAGGCCUAAGCGGACUCUGAGUGUCUCGGAACGAGUGGUGGAACAAGCGACAACGAUGCGCAACUUUGUGUGGGAUCUCUUCAUCUUCUACCUCCUCCCGCUGAUACAAUGGGGCUUCGUCUACAUGCUCAUGGGCCACAGAGCGGUUGCCGAGUUUCUGCUUCAGAUCUUGGAGUUCAGGUUGAAGGACAACUACUUGGCGUUGAAGGAUAUCUCGGCGACGGCGCAGCAGGUGGAAAUUCGGUUGCAGCAAUUCUGCUACUGGCCAAUGCAGUACACGACGCUGCGACAGCGCAAAAACGACUGGGAAAGCGUCACGACAAGCCACCCGGACUACAUAAGGUUCUACAACAGCCUGUGGCUCGUCGCCAACGACGUCAUCAUCGGCAUCGCUCUGGGGUCUUACAUUAUCGAUAAUGCGGAAUGGGUUGCCAAUGCCAUCAGCGAGCUCCUCAGCAAGUACACGGUUCAAGCGCUUCAACGCAGCAUCUCGUGGUUGAUGGGAUGGCCUGCCGGAUUGAAGCUGAACAGCGAGCUGGCUAUGUUCCUCGGUGACCUCUUCCUUUGGGUCAUUGACUAUUGGUCCAACUGCAUCGUCACCCUCCAACCAGUGCUUCCCCACAUCAUCUGGUUCAUCGGCUUCUCAAGCUUCGCCGGCGCCAGCAUGCCCAUCGCCAUGUUUUCCGACCUCCUUUCCGCCCUAACCGUCCACAUCUACUCGUUCUACCUCGCAUCCGCCCGCAUCUACCACUGGCAACUGACGAUACUCAUCUCGCUCUUUCACCUCUUCCGCGGCAAGAAGCACAAUGUCCUCCGUAACCGUAUCGACUCGUGCGACUACGACCUGGACCAGCUGCUUGUCGGCACCAUCCUCUUCACCCUGCUCUUCUUCCUCCUGCCAACGGUGGUUGUGUUCUACCUGAACUUCGCCAUCGCCCGCAUGGUCAUCAUCUCCCUCAAAGCCGUCUUUGAUACGCUUCUUUCUUGUUUAAACCACUUUCCCCUUUUCGCGCUGAUGUUACGGGUCAAAGACCCUCGACGACUUCCAGGCGGCAUUCGUUUUGAACUUCGAGAUACCCAUGAUUAUAGACUUAAUAAUACUUCCAACGAACCACCCACGUCCGUCAUCUACCUCAAGUCCAUUCCCCUCACCUUCCGCGCAAUGUUCCACCAGUACUUCCAAAUGGGCAACCGCAUCCGCAAGCACUACCUGUCCCCGCAGGUGCUACUCUGCCUCCUGACAGGCCGCUUUGUGCCCCCGCUCAACCGCAAGAACCUGUACAGCCUGCAGUACAGCAUGCUGCCCGCGCGCAGGGCCGGCAUCCGCCAGAUGUGGGACGCCAUCACGACCGUGCAGCCCUCGAGGAAGCCCGUCCCGUUCGCGAUGAACGGGCGGCGGUACCCCUCGGGGCUCGGCGGCGGUGGCAGGACGAGGUAUCAUCAUUAG